GCUGCAUCUUUAGUGCGAAACUGAAAUCGGGUUAAUGUUAAUGGGCCUUCAAAACUUGUUAUGCACGAAUAACGGGCCACUCGCUGCAAGGAAGAGGCAUUGAGAAGCGCAUAGAAGGGCCGGUGCGGUCAGUGCAUUGCCCUGGCCCAAUGCUCAGCUGCAUCAGGACAUAUAUAAGCAUGUAGCAGUCAGUCAGAACCUGACUUAGUGCAUUGCUGGCAUUCCGUUGAGUUCGUCGCACCAUCGAGCCGCAUUUCGUUUCUGACAUCUUUCAAUAUACAUACAUAAGUCAUGCAGCUGGCUUGGAGCUUGUCUUUGUUGGUCGCCAGCGCGUUGCUGGCACACGUGUUGCCAAUGCCAACGUCCAUGGCAAUGGCUGUGACCACAACGAAACCAAGGCUGAUCGUCAGCAGCGACGAGGAGCCACAGUCCAUGGUGUAUCGAUUUAUUGUGGAUCCCACGCCCACAACAAUGGGACAGAAUUAUUACAUCAAGCCCGGCCAAUUGUUGGGCACGUUCAGCUUGGACUCCGGCACUCUGCACGUAAAGCACGAGGAUAGCAAGCGGCCCAUCAGCAGCAAGUUGAACAUCCUAUUUGUGGCCAAUGUCAGGGAGCAGGAUGUGUCCACCAAAAACACGCUCGAUGAGUAGCACACAUUCCAAUCUUAACUCUAUUUAGUCUAACAAUAAAUCAUAUUAAUGAAUUAAAAAAAGUUCAGUUGGAAAAUGUACAAUGUUGUGAUCGGAUCUUAUAUAGAUAAUAACAUGAGAUAUACGAUUAGUUAGGUGCAUAUCUAUGAGAUCUUGAUUCAAGUUCUUGACCGUUCGUUUAUCCUAGCCGCAGCAGAGUCAAGUUCACUUAAGAUUAAAGAGCCUGUAAUUAGUAUUUAGUGAAAAAAUGAACGUUGCCUUACUAGCAUGCAUAUUAAUCAAGUUAAGGAAUAUAUAUAGACUAUAUGGUGUACCAGAGUAUAAGGUCAGGCAUGCCAGGAUAGCCCAUGUAGACACCACACUAAGAACUCAAAAUUCCAAUCGUGUUCCAAUCUCUUUGGGAUGAGCUGCAUUUUGCAUUCUCACUUUCUGGAUAAACAAAUGAUCAGUGAUCAAGUGAUCAGCAGUUUUAGCUGCUCUGCGAAUAUUCCAAUUAUUGAGCUGGAAUUUGGUUUCUUAUUUGCCGGAUGAA